AUGGAAAGUGAGCGUGAAGGUGCCUCAAAGCUGGGGAAGCAAUUGGUUCGCUCCAGCCCGCUUCUGGGACUACCGAAUGAAAUUCUCCAGCACAUCGCAUCAAUCAUACCGACAGACCGCGAUGUGAGUCUUCUGAGCCGAACGUGCAAGGAGUUGCACGGGCGACUCCUGGCUCCAGAAUCCACUAUAUGGCGGGUCCGAUUCAAGAGACGAUACGACCUUCCGCAAGGCCGAGAAUCAAGAGAGCUGAAGCCAGAGUAUCAGACUCGCGCCAUUGUGCUCCCUAGAAAGCUGGAUUUUAAACAAUCCGAGAACGAGCAGCAGAAGAUUUGGCUCCAGGUUGUCCAAACAAUGGUCAGGGAGUCGACCACUUUGCCGGUUGAGAUUGAGACCUCCAAAACAUAUCAGAGGAUCCAGGAUAUUAUGACACAGGUGGAAUUCUUUAGCAAUCCGAAAAGAAUCAAAUCAUCUGACAUGUUCUGCGCAGUUCAACUUUGCCUCACACCCAUGUCUCUCGAUAUGACAGUGACCCAGGCCUGUGGCCGACCCGGCUACGAUAUCGGCACAGUAUAUUCUUUCCAAGAGGAUAUCGAUGGCCCAUUCAUCAAGCAUGAGACACUUGACCUCAAUAAACUGCUGCAUAUCCGCAGCUUCUGGCAAAAUCAUCUACUGAACUCGCAGGAAAGUACAAAUUUCAGUGAGAUAUACUCAAAUCUUCCCAGGAACCACAAGCCCAAAGCACGGAAUAUAGAUGUUGCCAAUACGUCAAUGAUCUGCACUUCUUGGUUUGGACUCUGGUCAUGCAUUCAUCCACUGCCAGAUACGAUCGAGGAGUUCACCCGCCGAGAGUCUUGUGCAGACCUGGAAGAUCAUAUACAUCAAGUUGAUGUUAUGACCUUGGAACUUGAAUACAACUCAGAGGAAAUAUGGCCAGAGGCAUGCGCCAGUGUUAUUUCGCGAUAUGAAGCCGCAGAAUGUGUCGCCUACUUCCAAGGCGUGCAAAAGAUCCACGGCGACAGCGAGGCCGCAAAUCCAUUGUUUGGUUUGACUGAGUCUAUCUCAUUUCCCUACGGCGGAUUCAAAGGCUGGACUCGCGUAUGCUUUUGCAUCUGUGAGGGCGUGGAUGAGAAUGGAGACUCAGUCUUCAACGACGAUGACAGCUGGGUUCAUGGGUACGAAGGCGUGAUCCCUCCCGGUAGUGGAGUCAUGUUGGGGAGGUGGCUGGACUUGAAGGACACGAGUGGCCGAGGACCAUUUCUUUUCUGGGACGUGUGA